AUGGCGGACACACGUAGACUUUUGUGCUCCGUAUUUAUGUUAUACUUUCUCCCUCUUAUGUUUUGUGUAUACACCUCGGAGAUUUUAUAUGAUACUCCUUACAUGGACGGAGUUCAUAGUGGUUAUAAGGGCUUAUUUACGGCAAAGAUUUAUGGUAGAAAGUUCCUUCGACGACGAAUAAGGUAUUACUCGCACAGUUCUGCUUCGUUCAACCCAUGUAUAUUGGUUCUUGAAUUAAGUGGCGAUAUUCAUCCACAUCCAGGACCAGUAUCCAAUCCCAGACGUUCGGGUAAAGGUCGGCACACUUUAUUGGUCUUAACAAUCAAAGCUCGAAGUCUAAACAACAAACUUCGCGACUUUCAGUCAAUGGUGUACACGAGCGAUUGUGAUGUUGUUGUUGUGAGCGAGUCCUGGCUGACUCCCUCGGUGCUAAAUAAAGAAAUAUUACCGAAUGGCUAUGAUAUAUAUCGCUGUGACAGACAAGAUGGCAAAAGAGGCGGAGGGGUAUUAAUUGCAAUAAAAAAUUAG